GAGGAGCAUCUGGACACCACCUGCCCCUUCUGGCUGGGAAAAGAUGGUCAACGUCUUGAAAGGAGUGCUAAUAGAAUGUGAUCCAGCCAUGAAGCAGUUCCUGCUCUACCUGGCCGAGUCCAAGACCCUGGGCAAGAAGUUCAUCAUCCAGGACCUCAAUGACACUCACGUCUUCGUCAUUGCCGAGUUGGUGGAAGUCCUGCUGGAGCUCGUGAGUGAGCUCAUGAAACAGAACACCUACUUGCUUACCCAGAAGUGCGAGCCACUGUGGCCUUGGACUUCAUGUGUCACCAUGUUCUUUUGUUCAUUCUCUGCAGUAUGUAUGCCCUAG